UGUGAGCACAGCCUAAUGAGCACACAGUUUGGAGGAUUAAUAAACCCCAGUGGUGGCUCCCGGGCUGUUGUUCUCCGCAUUGGAGGUGCCGCGUUGACUCCAGCACUCCCCAUUCGCCAUCGUGCUGAACUGCAGAUGGCGCCGAGGAGAAAGGCAGCUGCCGCGAUGCUGGGACUCCUCCCUCUGUUCCCCUGCCUCUUCCUCCUCUCCCGGCCGGACCCUUGCUUCAGCUCCGAUGAGGAAGGCACCGUGGUGCUCACCACCAGCGGCCCCAUCCGGGGCAAGCGUCUCCCAGUCGGCUCCAGCUCAGUGACGGCCUUCCUGGGGGUCCCCUACGCCCAGCCCCCUCUGGGGCCCUUGCGCUUCCAGAAACCGCUUCCCCACCAGCCCUGGAGCGACAUCCUGGAAGCCACCAGCUUCGGCCACGCCUGCCCCCAGCCUUCAUUUACUGAUUACACCGCAGGAAAAGUGCUCACACCCAAAAUGCCACAGUCCGAAGACUGCCUCUUCCUUAAUGUCUGGGUGCCCCACCCGCGGCCCCCCGUGCCUGCCCCCAUCCUCGUCUGGAUCCACCCCGGGGGGUUCCACGUAGGCGCGGCCUCCCUCAAAAUCCACGACGGGCGCUUCCUAGCUGCCUAUGGGAAAAUGAUCGUGGUUUCCAUGAACUACCGGCUGGGGGCGCUCUCUGGCCAGGGCACAGGGGGGUCGGCCGUCGGAUUCCAUCUCCUGUCCCCGGGGAGCCGGUUUCUCUUCACCCGCGCCGUGCUGCAGAGCGGAUCCCCCACCUCUCCAGGCACUUGGACCUCACUCCAGGAGGCCCAGGAGAGAGGCCGGAGGCUGGGCCAGCUGAUGGGCUGUGCCAACAGCAAUGACACGGCCCUGGUGGGCUGCCUGCAGGGGAAGGAAGCAGAGGGGGGUGGCAAACAGAAGCGAGCGGUCUUCAGCCUCAAGGAUCUGGCGGGAUUGCCCUUCCUGCCAACACCCGACGGGGAUUUCCUCACGAAUACACCUCCCCAACUCCUGCAGGUGAAACAGAGACAGCCAAUGCCCAUCGCCACCGGCUUCACCCCCAACGAAGGCUCCUCCGUACUCCAUUUUGACUUCCCCGAUCUCAACCUGGACAACGCCAGCAACGUCGGCCUGGAGCAGCUGCUGCAGGUGGUGAGGCUGGUGGCGCCCGGGGAAGAGGCCUUCCAGGCUGUGGCACAGCGGUACAGCCAAGAGGGGGCGAGUCAGGGCGAGGCCCGGUACCGAUGGGCCAUGGAACAAAUCCUGGGCGACUACUUCAUCGUGUGCCCGGUGGCCGAGGUGGCCAGGCAGGAGGCGGAGGCCGCGCCCCAGCUAUCUUUCUACACCUGA